AUGACACGAGCCAAAUAUGUUGACUGGAUUGAAAAACAAUGGGGCAUUAGGGUUCUUAAUCCUGAUGCCAAACAACACAGAUCUGUUACUGUUCCAGAAGUUGAGAUUGCACUUAAAAAAUUUGUACUAACCUAUCAGCACCAGAUGAUUUUGAGUGAUCUCAUGCUAAUUGAAAAAGCUAAAGCCUUUGCUAAAGGAUUAGGAGUUUCACCAGAAACAUUACAAUUUUCACAUGGCUG